AUGGCGGUCGUCUACCUCGCCCUCGCGACCAACCCCACCGGCGUGACCAUGCUCUCCGUGCUGUGGUCGCUGCUCACGCUGUCGGCCGCGUUUGUGGGUUUGCGCAUCUACAGCAAGCUCAAGCGCAACCGCAUGCUGUGGUGGGACGACUAUGUCAUUAUCUGUUCUUGGAUCUUCCUCCUCAUCAGCUGCUCCUGCACCACCUACAACACCCGCCUCGGCUUCGGGAGACCGGCCGCCCAGGUCCCCUUCGACAACUACCUCCGCACCGGCAUCACCAGCAACCUCUCCGGGUCGACUUCUGUAGCCGCCGUCGCCUGGAGCAAGACCUCCUUUGGCUUGACCCUGUUGCGUCUCGUCAAUGAUCGGCGAAUCUUGCGGGCUUUAUUGAUUGGGAUGUUGAUCGUGGUGAUUGUCACCCACCACUGCAGCGUUAUGUUUUUCUGGUUCUCGUGCGAUCCGCCGGAAAAAACGUGGGACCCGCGCGUCGAGGGCACGUGCUGGUCGCCGUCGAAGUUUGUGACGUAUUCAAUAUGUGUAGCGGCCUGUUCCGCCGUAUGCGAUUUCACACUGGCACUGGUCCCGUGGGUGGUGCUGCUGCGGUUCAACAUGUACAACGGGGAAAAGAUUGGCGUGGCCAUUGCCAUGAGUAUGGGUGUUUUCACGGGUAUCGCUUGUAUCAUCAAAAUCACCACCUUUUCCGUAUUCUUCAGUGACGACUUUAGCCGAGACUGCCUGGGUCUCAUCGUCUGGAGUUUUAUGGAACCCUCCGUUACCAUCAUGGCCGCCUCCAUCCCCUUCAUGCGCCAUCUCUUCAAGUCGCUCAGUCGAAGCACGUGUGGACAAAGCCACGACCUUGAAAACGACGGCAGUAACAACAACAGCAACAGCACCACCACCAACACCAACACAACCAACAGGACCACAAACACAGCGGCCAACAAAGAAGAGGCAGAGAAAGAAGACCGCAAGGCAGAGAUGAGGAGACACUGGGGCCAACUUUAUGGGGGGUUGCAAGGGCCAUCGGGAGAAAAGUGA